ACCCGAUGGGUAACGGGAUGGUUGAAAGAUUCAACCAAACUUUAAAAAAAAUGCUAGGUACUCUAGAAGAUAAGCAAAAAGAAGAUUGGAAAGCAUAUGUAAGUACUCUUGUGCAUGCAUACAAUGCUACAAGACAUGAUAGUACAGGUUAUACGCCAUUUUUUCUCAUGUUUGGCAGGCAUCCGCGUCUUGCAAUCGAUGCCUACCUCGGGUUAGACUCUAACGCGGAAAAAAUUCGUAGUCAUGACAACUAUGCGAAAAAACUCCAAAAGCGGUUAGAUUUCUCAUACAAGAUAGCUUCCCGUGAAGCAGAUAAAAGUGCUCACCGCUAUAAAUCGCACUACGACUCGAAGGUAAGAGAGGCUACUGUACAUGUCGGAGACCGUGUUCUCAUAAGAAAUGUUGGCUUAAAGGGCAAAAACAAACUGGCAGAUAAGUGGGCCAGAGAUACACAUAUAGUUAUAAAUCAGCCCAAUUCCGACAUCCCAGUGUUUCAGGUUAGGAAAGAGUUUGGGAAUGAAAAAACUAAGACAUUGCAUAGAAAUAUGCUACUCCCCAUUUCCUAUAUUCCCAAAUUAUCUGACCAGAGCAAACCUAGCCCAACUUUGCCCAAACACAGUAAUCAAUCUAAAGCUUGUCAACAACCAGAGAACCUCACAAGCAAAUCUUCUAGGGUUGAUGAUGUUGUUUCUCUUCAGUCUAGUUCUGAGUCUGAGUCGGAGGAUUCAGAUUCUGUAUCAUCUGAUGGUGGUAAUGUUUAUGUUAUACCCCAGAGACGGGUAAAUGCUGCACCAGGUGUUGAUAGGUAUUCACCCCUUAGUUCUAUUUAUUCUCAAAAUCAGAACUAUUCCAGUACUCCUAGAUCCAUAUUAGAUGCAGGUAAUUCUUACAGUCCUUCUACGAUGAAUCGUAAUGUGUCUGUUCACUCUCCUUCUGUAAGAGAAUCACCAAUUCUCCGAAGGUCCACCAGACAGAUUAGGCCACCAAAUAGGUAUGGUGAGUGGGUGAGUCAUCAAAUAACUCCUGUGUAUUUUGUGUAGUGUAUUCAGGGGAGAUUGUCACAUACAGUUUGAUUUCAGUUUUAUGAAGUCUGAUUUCAGGUGUAACUUUGAUCAUAUUGCGUGUAGUUUGUUGUUGUUAUAAAUUGUGAUUCAAUGAUUUAUUGUAUAAAAUGUCAGGAGCCAUUUUCCUUAGCAGGGGAGAUUGUCACAGUUCAUAUUAAUUUAUUUAUUUAAUGUUCAUCAGCGCGCAUUGCCGAUAGAACGCAUUGCUGUAUGUAUGAAUGAGUGCAUGUGUGAAUGUUGUGAUAAGACACGUGGUUUUUCCAUUUUUAGGAUUUAGUGACCAGGUACAUGUAUAUAAGUCUUAUUGACCAAUGACAGACGACUUUUAGCUCAUUAAUAUGCAUGUUUUACUAACUUCGUUCACUAUAUAAGCGCAAGUCCCGCCAAAUCCAGUACCCACAGAUUCUACCCUUUACGGCGCUAGUAUCAUUUACUGUUAUAUUCCAUUCCUGAUCUUCAAAGAUCCAGUUAUUUAUUUAUUAUUUAAAGUCCUGGAUACCUGGUUUCUUUGCAUAUAUAAUAUAAAAGCAAAGUACGAAUCCAAGUCUUUGAUCGUUAUUUAUUUAACGACCCUGUGACA